UCCCUCUAGCUCUCAGCGUAUUGGUUCGUCGCUACGAGGAGAGAGCAAGGAAGAAUGGGAACUUGCUUUGCCAAGGCUCAGAUCUACUCUCGAUGGUGAAGUUGAGAAAACGCUGAAAGUGGGGUUCGAUAGAUUAUCCCGUAAAGAUAGAUCCCUAUUUCUUCACAUCGCAUGCUUCUUCAACAAUAAAAAAGUUGGUGUUCUAUCUCAACUGUUUGGGAAGAGUGGGUUGAACGUCGAAUUUGGCCUUAAAGUCCUAGAGGAGAGGUCUCUCAUACGUAUAGAUGAAGGGGGAUAUAUAAGGAUACACUCUUUGCUUGAGAAAAUGGGUAAAGAGAUCAUCCGCGGAGAAUCAGAAGAUCCUGGGAGACGUCAAUUUGUACGGGAUGGAGAGGAGCGAGUCGAUCACACAUGUGUUCGUACGAGCCAUCGAAGAAUCUCAUGUGGCGAUCGUCGUUCUCUCCAAGAACUACGCUUCUUCCAGCUGGUGCUUGAACGAGCUGCUCCAUAUCAUGCGCUGUAAGGAUUCCGCCGGAUUGGAAGUGUUGCCCAUCUUCUACGAUGUAGACCUAUCGGAUAUACGGAAACAGAUGGGGGAUUUCGGAAGGGCUUUUGAAGCAACUUGUGUGGGUAAAUCGGAGGAGAAGAAGCGAGGAUGGAGUCAAGCUCUAACCGAUGUGGCCGGUCUUGCAGGAGAGCAUUCACGGAAUUGGGAUGAGGAAGCAGACAUGGUCGAAAAAAUUGCUCUUUUUGUUUUGAAAGUGCUGAAUCUUACACCAUCAAGAGAUUUUGAUGACUAUGUCGGAAUGGGAGCUCAUAUGGAAAAUUUGAUUUCAUUGUUAUGCUUAGAAUCAGAUGAAGUGAGGUUUGUGGGGAUAUGGGGUCCUGCAGGCAUUGGUAAGACCACCAUCGCCAGAGCUUUGUUCCAAAGACUCUCUCCUGAGUUCAACCUCAGUUUUUUCCUAGAAAAUGUCAGAGGAAUCUUUAAGAGGGCUGGACGAUAUUCCUCGCAGUUACGAUUGCAACAACUGCUUCUGUCUGAAAUAUCUGACUUCAAGGAUAUGAAGGUACAUCAUUUAGGAACGGUACCAGAAAGACUGAGGGAUCAGAAUGUCCUUCUCGUUGUUGAUGAUGUGGAUGCGUUGGAACAAUUGGAAGCCUUGGCAGGAAACACCGGUUGGUUUGGUCCUGGAAGCAGGAUUAUCGCGACGACUCAAAACAGAAAACUUCUUAGAGCCCAUGGGAUCAACCAUGUAUAUGAAGUGCCUUUACCAAGUGCUUUCCGAAAACAUGGAUACUGAAAUUCUUUCAGGCAUAUCUUUACUUUGUGGGAAUUAACAGACGAGUUGUGUGUAAGUGAUAACACCUUCCAAAGGAUGCCCAAUCUCAAGUUUCUAAGGUUCUCCCAUAGACUGCUCCAUCCAUCGAAGCUGUUG